AUGGUCACGAUACCGACUUCUUACUUUAGGAUUAUAGUUGAUCCGCGUGUAUCAAAUUUUGACCCAGACCAGCUCACUCAUAUCAUAUAUUCCUCGACAACUAUGGACCCGUUCUCAAUCUCGCUCGGCGUCCUAAGCCUUGUAACUUUUGUUGGAUCUACGAUCAAGGUUACUAAAAGCUAUUUGUCCAGCGUGAAGAACAGGACGAACUCUAUCGCCACACUGCUCACCGAACUCGAAGCGUUGAAAUCGAACCUAUUGGGUCUAGACGAGUUUCUUCGGGGUAAAGAUAGCAAGGGCCUAGUAUUCGAACGAACUUCAGCACUUCAGUCAUGUAUAUCAUCCUGUGAAGUUAAGCUAAAGUCUCUUUGUAAUAAAUUAGGCCAAGAGGGCGCAGGCAGACGAAGCCGGUACAUAUGGCCACUUAGUGAGAAGGAGUAUCAAAACGCGAUUCAAGACCUCAGAACUUUUGCUCAGUGGAUACAGUUUGCACUUUCGAUUGACGGACUAUCACUCUUGUCUCGCACUUCCGAUGACGUACUGAAGGUCCUAGAACGACAGACAGAAAGCUUCAGAGUGUUAAAAACCUUAGAGAAAAAGACUCUACAGCUACAGGAAGCCGUCGAGGACCAAUCACGUCUACUUCAAGAUGACCGCAAGAAUAGAAAACGAAAGGCGAUCCUCAACUGGAUUUCGAGUCUUAACCAUGCUCAAAAACAUCAUAACCUGCGCUCAGCUCGCGUUGAUGGCACAGGGGGCUGGUUUUUGGAAAACCCUGAAUAUAUACAAUGGCGAGAUGGCAUCUCCUGUUCCAAUGUUCUUUGGUGCCAUGGUGUUCAAGGGUCUGGGAAAACCGUCCUGACCACAAUGGUUAUUGAUGAGAUUAGGAACUCAAUUUCGGGUCAUGAUGUAAUGGCAUUCCAUUACUUUGACUACCAAGACCAAGAUCUUCAAACGCAUAGCGGCGUACUAUCCAGUAUUUUGAGACAAAUAAUCGCUAUGAUGCCAGAUAUACCCCAAUGUGUGAUGGGUGCAUAUACAAAGUCAGGGGGGUCAUCCUCAUUACCAGCGCACGAGCUCGAAAAAUUGAUACUUAGUAUUACUCAAGGCGUCCAGCGCACCUACAUUAUCAUUGAUGCUCUUGAUGAGUGCAUAGAAGCAACUAACCGGAAACCAUUACUCUCGUUUCUAAAUCAGAUAUCGAAACAAAAUCCUGCCGUCCGUCUUUUUGUGACUAGUCGUCCGUAUCCUCGCGAUAUUCAUACUGCAUUCCAAGCACAUCGGCAAAUAGUCAUCCAAGCCCAUGAAUCUGACCUUAGGCGAUACCUAUAUCGAGAAAUUGACCUUGCCGAUGUUCAGGACGUUGUAGACCAUGAAUUUGCCACCAAGGUAGUUGAUACUCUUGUUAAAAAGGCAGAGGGCAUGUUUCUUCUUCCUGUGCUCCAAAUUCAGACUAUUCUGGCUCAGCCUACUGCCGGCGAUAUGGAAGACGCGCUCUACUCUCUAUCCAAAACUCUUCCGGGGGCCUUUGAAGAGACGAUCGCUCGCAUUAAAAGGCUUCCGGAAAGUCAGAUGCGACUUGGUAUGGACAUCCUCAUGUGGAUCUGCCAUGCAAAGCGGGAAAUGACUGUGCAUGAAUUGAGUGAUGCCUUAUCUGUUAGAGCUGGCCAAAAGGCGACGAAUCCGAUGUACCGCCCUUCAUCCAGGGUAAUGGAAACAUGCUGCCAAGGCCUUGUGGUUGUCGACCUAGAGACUAUGGCCAUUCGCCUUGUUCAUUAUUCAAUUCAAGAGUACUUGACAGGAUGUAGUUCUCAACUCUUCCUUCAUGCGGAAGCAAGUUUAGCAUCGGGCUGUCUUACAUAUCUACUCUUUGACACAUUCAGGCAAGGUCCGUUGCCCGAUGAAAGUGGAAUUAUUUCUCGCAUGGAGUCUCACGCUUUCCUUUCAUACGCCUCAAGGUACUGGGGUAUGCAUGCACGACGGUCUGAAGACUCUUCAGCAGUGCAGCGCUUAAUAUUCGAGUUCUUCUCCUCCAGAGAUGCGGUGGCAAGUGCUAAUCAGAUAAUGCAAUAUGCCCAAUUGUACCGUCGGAUGUACUGGGAACCUGCAGAGUGUUAUAGCACCACUGCCCUGCAUCUUGUCAGCCACUUCGGCCUUGAAAAGACACUUCAUAAUAUGCUCGAUCAAGGAGAUAUAUUUAUUGACGAACCAACCAAAAUGGGUACGACGCCGCUUAUUAAAGCAUCAUCCAGGGGCCAUGUAUCAGUAGUCAGAGCGCUAUUGGCAAAGGGUGCUAAUCCUUACUUGAAAAACUGGUAUGGAAACGCACUUCAUUGCGCUGCAGAGUCUGGAAAGUGGCGUAUUAUAGAAGAGCUUAUUCACCAUGGCAUGAGUGCAAAUUGUGACCAACAAGAUAGUCACACUCCGAUUCGCUGCACACUCCACCAUGAUCAUGCUGCAGCUUUUGAAACACUCGUUAGCUAUGGGGCUGACAUUCAUCCCAACAACGAUGAUGAAGGUAGCCUAUCUAUUUUUCAUAUGGCAAUCUUGCACGACAGCGUCAAUAUCGUCUACUUGAUUUUAGACCGACAAUGGGUGGACCCUAAUAGCAUGUCCAAAGCCGGCCACACUGCGAUGCACUACGCUGUAGAUAUGCGUAACACCACGAUUAUACGGAAGCUUAUUGAAGUUGGAGCAGAUAUUAAUGCUCGAGAUGCUACGGGAAAACGACCCUUAGACUACGCAAGCGAUAACGGGGACAAUAAUAUUAUGAGCCUACUAUCGAAGCACGGGGCUAAAGGUUCAUCGACAACCUAG